AUGAAGGUCCCCAUAGGAAGGGGCUCGCCAAGGUGCUCCCUGCCUGCAUCGCCAGGGCCCUGCCAGAGGCAGUUAGGUGGCUCAGGCGUGCAGGAUGCUUCGGCAGUUCAGUGGCCCCGCACUGCGCCAGCUGAGGUGGGUGCAGCCUGCUGGCAUGUAGGAAAGGCCCAAAGGACUAGCCACGUGACCUCACCCCUGUCUUUAUAUCGGUUCUCACGUAACAGGCCCAUAACCAGAAGACCAGAGACGAAAGAGUGGUAUGCCCAGGUUUCUCCCAGGACACUGCGAAAGGGUGAAAACGAGAAAAACCGUCAAACCAACACAGACUCAAGCUUUAGGAAGUAG